AUGCAAUACGUAAAGAGCAAAACGGUAGUUAUUCCCGGAUCGACUGGCAAAUUGAAUAACAGAAGCGUUUCCAUAAAAAAUUCAAGCAGUUCACUCAAGAAGGAGUUGCACACAGACGUGCAAGGGAAAGGACCCAACCCCGAUGAUCCAUCUGAUGAGGAAAGACACAUAAGCGAAAAUGCGCCAAGAUUAAAGUCAUCCCUUAAAAAUAAAAGCAGGCUUUUGGAUGGAAGUACUUUGGAACAGGUGGGCCCCAAACGUGCAGGUGUGGAGGGAGGAGAAAACGAAGGUGAUGAAGGCAGCGUAGAUGAUGACCGAAAAUCAGAUGACCGCAACACGGAUGGGGGUGGAAACUCGGAUGACCGCAACACGGAUGGGGGUGGAAACUCGGAUGACCGCAACACGGAUGGGGGUGGAAACUCGGAUGACCGCGACACGGAUGGGGAUGGCAACUCUAGUGACCGAAACACAGAUGGGCGUGGCAACUCCGGUGAAGAAGAAUCGGUGGACAAACCGAAGGGACCAGCAAAAAGCGCAAUCAAAAAAGUGUCCGUGUUCCAGCGGCUAGCCACGACGCACACGCUGAGCAGCAGCUACAGAUGCGUAAGUCCAAAGCUGAAAAAGCUGCACACAGAAAAUCUCCAAGCAGCCUUGAAAGGGGAGAAACCCAAGAAAGCCUUCAGCAUGAGAAUAGACAAAAAUGUGACCUAUUCUUCAUUCACCCCGUACAAUAAAGCGAAAAAGAUAAAUUCGGAAAGGAAACUAAAUAUGAUGAGGGCCAAGACGCAGAUACUAAAAAUAGCUGAGAGGUUCAUGAGCACAGAUAAAAUCAAGUCAUUCCAGAUGGUGGAGAGGCGGAAGACUCAAUCGUUUGCGAAAAGGGAGAAGCCCCUUUCGGACCAGGUGCAGAUUUUGGGACCGUUCUCACCCAAGAAGGGGGGGGACGAAUUGACCAAGUCGGAGAAGUCGGAAAGGUCUGAGAGACCGCAUAAGUCCGGGGAUAUUCCGACUUCCUUGAGGCGAAGUUCAACCAAGCAUGGCGACAUGAGCAACGAUAACCGCGGCAAGGAGCCCAAUGAGACAGCGGCCAAAUGGGGCGGUCAGAUAGAAGCAAAGCAGAAAAAACGACCAACAUUAAGAAAGCACAGAAAGAUGGUUCUACGGAAAGCGGAUAGACAACAGGGAUUUGCAUUAUUUGAAAACAUGCUGGGAGUAAGUCAUUCAGGAAGAGUGUACUCAUGGGAUGGCUAUCAGUGGAGGGGAAUAAACAUCUUCUACGAAUGUUUCGUGUCCUUGUGCAGUGACAAAAAGGGACACAUCAUUUGCAUCAAUACAGAUUUCAAGCCGGGUUUUCUAAUGAGCAACAGGUGUUUCGAAAAAAUAGACACCCAUAGAGAAGCUGUCUUUUUAAAAAUGGCCGUUAGUGCGAGGAAUAAAAUGUGGGCAAUAAACCUCCGUGGGGAUUUACAAAAAUGGGACAAAUACGAAUGGGUGCAGGUAAAGAAGGCCUACGGAAUAGCUAAGCUCAAGUCAUUGGCCUUUGAUAGAAAUGACCACCUGUGGGUUCUGGACGAGAAGAAUUAUUUUUACAUAUUCAACAGGGAACGUAAGAAUUGGAUGCUUCACAGUGAUAGCAGCAGGGGGGGAGGAAACAUAGACGACUUUGAUUUUAACGAGAGCAACUUUUUGGUGGCCCUGACGUUCGAUGGGAUGAUUAAAAUCUGUAGAGAUGGCCGGUGGGUGAAAUGCGGAAUGUUGGGACAAAUGAAAAUUUCCAGUUUGCACUUUUUGAGGAAGGCAGGGGAGAGAGAGGUUGGGCCAGCCGUCUCAGCGAAGAAUCCCAAGAGGGGCAGGGGGGACCAUCGAGUGGGCACGCCAAAAUAG